AUGUCUAGGAACCUUUCCGGUAUUACGCCUCUCCUAGCGGUUACUGGACCGUUUAAUGAGUAUCCCGACGAGUAUGAGCCCCAUUCAGCCCAAUUGGCUCUCUCAUCAACUAAGAUUCUUGUUGUUGGUGCCGGAGGUCUUGGAUGUGAGAUUCUCAAGAACUUGGCUCUUGUCGGAUUUAAGGACAUACAUGUCAUUGACAUGGACACCGUGGACGUUUCGAACCUAAAUCGACAAUUUUUAUUCCGAGCAGCGGAUGUCGGCAGGUCUAAAGCUGACACGGCUGCCACUUUCAUCCGAGACAGAAUGAAGGACCCACUAUUACAAAUCACAUCACAUUUCUGCAAGAUUCAAGACAAAACUCCUGACUUUUACCAGCAGUUCGGAGUAGUAAUCUGUGGUCUAGAUAAUGUAGAGGCUCGUCGGUGGAUCAACGCAUUGUUGGUUGGGUUUGUUGAUGUUGAAAUGAACAACUUGAUUCCAUUGGUGGAUGGAGGAACCGAGGGCUUCAGGGGCCAGUCAAGGGUGAUUUUACCUACUGUCACCUCGUGUUUCGAGUGCUCACUUGAUAUGAUAUCUCCCAAGACCACAUAUCCGGUGUGCACUAUUGCAAACACACCAAGGCUUCCUGAACACUGUAUCGAAUGGGCCAGUCAAUUGGAAUGGCCGAGAUUAUUCCCAGGAAGGAAAUUCGAUGCAGACGCAUCAGAGGAUGUCGAUACUAUGCACCUGCUUGCUCUCGCGAGAGCUGAACAAUUCGGUAUUGAAAAUGUCACUAGAGCCUUGACUCUAGGUGUGGUCAAAAACAUCAUUCCAGCAAUUGCCUCAACUAACGCUAUUAUCGCUGCCUCGUGCUGUAAUGAAGUUUUCAAGAUUGUCACCAGUUGCAAUCCGAUUCUUGACAACUACAUGAUGUACUCCGGGGACGAUUCCAUCUUCACCUACACUUAUGCCCACUCCAAGAAACCCAACUGUGCGGUAUGUGGGACUAAAGUCAAGCAUGUACGUGCCUUUAAGUGGUGGACGCUUCAAAAUUUCAUUGACGAUUUGGGUUCGAAGCAGGAAGUUUUGAUGAGGACUCCUUCUGUAGGUACUUCUCGGGCGAACUUAUACAUGCGCCAACCAGAGUUUUUAGAAGCAACAACGAGACCCAAUCUCGCCCUUAAAUUACACCUGUUGGUCGAUGUUGGAGAGGAAAUAUUGGUCACUGAUCCCAAUCUACCUAUUUCCAUGAAACUUAUUAUUGAUGCAUACGAAGGGCCGGAGGAGCAACCACAAGAUAUAAGUUCACUUUUAAGGUCCUAG